GGGAAGUGCCUCUGCUACUCAUCCGCGUCUCCCCAUUCCCUUCCUUUCCUUUUUCUUCCCUUGCUUUCCCUUCCCGGCACUCCUGGGACCCCGAGCGGAGAGCAGCAGUCCCUGCGCCAGCCUGAGCGGUGGCAGCACUGGCAGCCGUGGAGGCGGGCGUCGCGCAGCCUUUGCACACCCAGCAGGGGUAGCAGCAGUAGCUGGAGCAGCAACAGCAGCAGCAGCAGCAGCAGCAUGUCGGCCGGCGGAUCUAUGCCACCGCCCCCCAACCCCGCUGGGGCUUUCCCGGCGCCCAGGGUCACCCUGCCCGUAGGAACUGAUAUCCUCCGGACCUACUCGGGAGCCUUCGUCUGUCUAGAGAUUCUAUUUGGAGGACUUGUCUGGAUUUUGGUAGCAUCCUCCAAUGUACCUCUACCUCUACUACAAGGAUGGGUGAUGUUUGUAUCAGUGAUAGCUUUUUUCUUUUCCCUCGUGUUCCUAUGUGUGUUCCUUUCAGGCAUGGUGACUAGAAUUGAUGCCAAUUGGAACUUCUUGGAUUUUGGUUAUCAUUUUGUUAUGUUCGUUUUCUACUUUGGAGCUUUUCUGUUGGAAGCAGCAGCUACUUCCCUGCACAGCUUACACUGUAAUGUGACCACAAAUAUACAGCCACUUUUGAAUGACAGCCAGUAUAAUAUAAAUGUAGCAGCUACGAUUUUUGCCUUCAUGACAACAGCUUGUUACGGUUUCAGUCUGGCCCUGGCUUUACGAAGAUGGCGACCAUAACACUCCAGAUCAAUUAGCUCUCCAUGUUUGGUUUAGUUUGUGUAGUUGUAUGUGUGAGACCAAUUUUGGUACCCUAUUGUUUUAGCUGUGAUACAUUCCCAAAAUCUUUUUGUAUAUGGAGAUACUCUAUGGAAAAAAUUUUCAUCCACAUCCUAGCUGGAAUUUAUUUUUUAAAAUUAUUUUAACAGAUGAAGGGCCUUUCCUCACAGCUAAGUUUGGCUUUUUACUCUUAGAAACCUGCACCUUAAAAUUAAUAAUUAAUGGAUAGAGGCAGCUUGAAAAGACUUGGGUUCAGAAUCCCACUUCCAAUAUUUACUAGCUUAACUGCUUGGACCCUCAGCUGCCUCUUUUCUAAAAUGGAGAUAAUAUUUGUAGUUCCUGUCUCAUAAGGUUGCAGUGAGGAUCAAAUGAGAUCUUGUAUUUGAAAUGCUUUGUAAACCUUAAAGCACUAUGUAAAUGCUAGCUAUUAUUAUGAGUAUCAUUAGCUAUUAAGUGGUGUCUCUUAAAUAUAUGGUCACUGGAACCCUCUUGACCUUAUUUCUACCUUUUAAGUCUCCAUACAAAUUAUGCUUUAAACUAAACAGAUAUCGAUUAUUUGUCUCACUCUCAUAUAUAAAAUGCCAUGUAUGUGAGAUUUUAUAAAACCUGAACAUAAGAGGUAUGCCUCAAAAAAAGUCUGAUACUCCAAGCCAUAUGUAGAACUCAGUCUCAUUACUUUAUCUUCAUAUUUCCUGAGUGUUAGGGAGACUUGUUUUCCUGUUGGAGACGCGAUUCUUCCUAGCCACUUAGGAUACUAUUUGGUUACUUGACAAGUUUGUAGAUGAAAUGAACCAUAGUUCUCUCUCAAAGGAAUUGCCUUUCUUCUUGCCGCUACCUACAGUGAGGCCCUCACGUCCACUGAUGAACACUGGAACUGAUAUCUAGCUCUUUUAGUUUUUUUCUUUUAGAUUUAUUUAUGUCUCAAGAUAUGUUUCAGUGUAUUAUAUAAAUAUAUGCAUGAAUGUGGUAUUUUUCAAAAUUGUUUACUUUUAUUCUGAAUAGUUUUUUUUAUUUUUCUGAAGCUGAAUUUGGAUGUAUUUUUUAAAAAACAACUCUAUCUAUAAAAUCUUAAUGCUUUAAUGUCGCCCUAGAAAUGAUGAUAGUUGUGCAGAAGCUAGUUUUUUUAAGUAAUGUGUGUAUGUGUUUAUUAAUAUAUACACUAGUGUAUAUGCAUAUAUUAAUAUAUGCACU